AUGAAUCCUCACUUGAAUCUUGAAGAGAGCAUGAGGCUGGCUUCAGUUCUUGAGCCAUCAAAACCAAGUUUCUUUCCUGCAAGGACAAAGAUUGUUGGCACACUUGGUUCACAAUCUCGGACUGUGGAGAUAAUAUCUGAUUGCUUGAAGGCAGGAAUGUCUGUGGCGCGGUUUGAUUUUUCAUGGGGUGAUAGUGAAUACCAUCAAGAGACAUUGGAUAAUCUGAGAAAAGCUGUCAAGAGUACGAAGAAACUCUGUGGGGUUAUGCUUGAUACUGUGGGUCCAGAGUUGCAAGUGAUCACUAGAACUGAGAGCCCGAUUUCCCUUCAGGAAGAUAGCUUUGUGGUCCUAACACCAAAUCUGGACAAAGAAGCCACUUCAAGUUUGCUACCUAUAAAUUUUACUGGGUUGUCGUCAGCAGUGAAGAAGGGAGACACUAUUUUUAUUGGUCAAUACCUCUUUACAGGAAACGAAACUACUUCUGUGUGGCUAGAGGUUUCUGAAGUAAAUGGUGAAGAUGUGGUUUGCUUGGUAAAGAAUUCUGCUACCUUGAGUGGACCGCUAUAUACUUUGCAUGUCUCUCAAAUCCGGAUUGAUCUGCCUACACUCACUGAUAAAGAUAAGGAGGUUAUAAGCACAUGGGGUGUUCAAAACAACAUAGACAUCCUCUCACUUUCAUACACCAGGCAUGCAGAAGAUAUUCGUCAUGCACGUGAAUUUCUUUCUAAACUGGGGGACAUGUAUCAGACUCAAAUUUUUGCGAAAAUUGAAAAUGUAGAGGGAUUAACUCAUUUUGAUGAGAUCCUACAAGAAGCAGACGGUAUCAUCCUUUCCCGUGGAAAUUUGGGGAUAGAUCUCCCACCAGAGAAGGUGUUUAUGUUUCAAAAAACUGCUGUUUUUAAGUGCAAUAUGGCUGGAAAACCUGCCGUGGUUACUCGUGUUGUGGACAGUAUGACAGAGAAUUUGAGACCUACUCGUGCAGAAGCAACUGAUGUUGCCAACGCAGUAUUGGAUGGGUGUGAUGCAAUUCUUCUAGGUGCAGAAACCCUGCGAGGAUUGUAUCCAGUCGAGACCAUCUCUAUCAUUGGGAAAAUUUGUGCUGAGGCAGAGAAGGUUUUCAAUCAUGAUUUGUAUUACAAAAGAACUGUCAAAUAUGUAGGAGAUGCAAUGAGCCAUUUGGAAUCUAUUACUUCCACUGCGGUCCGUGCAGCUAUCAAGGUUAAAGCUUCUGUAAUUUUAUGCUUCACUUCUACUGGAAGAGCUGCAAGGUUGAUUGCAAAGUACAAGCCCAUAACGCCGGUCAUAUCUGUUGUUAUCCCUCGGCUAAAGACAGAUCAACUGCGUUGGACCUUUACUGGUGCUUUCGAGGCAAGGCAGUCACUCAUUGUCAGAGGCCUCUUUCCCAUGCUUGCUGAUCCUCGACACCAAGCUGAGCCUAAGAAUGUAACGAACGAAUCGGUUCUGAAGGUUGCUUUAGAUCAUGGCAAGGCAUCUGGUUUUAUAAAGCCGCAUGACCGAGUUGUUGUUUGCCAGAAGCUUGGCGAUUCAUAUGUGGUGAAGAUCAUUGAGCUUGAAGAUUAA